CUGGGUUUCAGGAUUUUGGGGGGAACUGCCCCCUCAUCCGCCGGUCCCCUUUUUGUCGCCGUACACGGCUUGCAGUACAAUGUGACGGUUGCUCUCUUAUUCUCGGAACGAAACGGUGAUCGGGUUACAAAUCCAGCUGAGGAGACAGCGUGACAAGACAGAUGAAUUGGUACUAUUCGCAGCAAAAAAAGCCGCCUGGCCGCCCCCAGCCGGGCGAACAGCACCGGGCACUCGCCGUUCUCACAAAGCACCGGCCCCAGCAGGCCGCCGGAGUGGCAGCGCAUGCAGGCGCUGAGGGCGGCGGCGAGGUGGAGCGAGGCGGCGUUGUCGUCACUCAGAUGGCGGAGGACGAGCAGAGGCCGGGAGUCCAGGACAUCUUCUGCCGGACUUGGAAUGGUACGCGUGACCCGGUUCUGGAGGUUGUUAUCUGUCCAGACGUACAGACACGCUCUCUCACCUUUUUCGCGCUCGGGGGAGAUCGAGGCGUCAUAGACAGCCCAAACCCUCCGCCGCCGCCGCUGCCGCCUCCGGGAAUGUGGCGGCGGGUCCCGGCGGGGGGAGUUCCCGGACCCGCAAGCAAACCACUCGCCGACACGGCGGCAGCGCCGGUGACGGCGCCGCCGCUGCUGCUUAGGUCUCCUGCCGUGGUGUGGGUUGCUGAGCUGCUGCUGGUCGCGGUCUCGGCGGUGGUGUCACCCUAG